AUGAGCGUCUCCAAACCCCCACCACCCCCCUCUACCUCUCACCUGGCCAUUCCCCCUUCCUCCACCUCCACCCCUUCCUCAUCCGCCUCCUCCCCCUUGGCAACGCCCCACUCCACCGCUCUGCCCCCUCCCUCGCCCGUCAAGAUCUCUAUGCAGGAGCACUUCGCCAUCAACGUGUGCCCGGGCCCCAUCCUCCCCAUCCCACAGAUCUCAGACUUUUUCCCCCGUUUCCACGACUACCCCUGCACGCCGCCACCUCCGAGGGAGAAGAAGAUCCUGAAAGAGGAGACUUUCAACGGGGAGACGGGUGGGGUAUACAAGGACGGGGAGAGGAGGGGGGACAACGAUGGAGACAGGGAGGAGGUGUUUGACUCUGAUGAUGAUGACACCUACCUGGGAACGUUGGAGUUCAGCCUGCUCUUUGAUCAGGAGAACAACUGUCUUCAUUGUACUAUUCACAAGGCAAAGGGACUGAAAGCCAUGGACUCCAAUGGACUGGCUGAUCCAUACGUCAAGCUUCAUCUUCUCCCCGGGGCUAGCAAGGCAAACAAGCUACGCACAAAAACCCUGAAGAAUACGCUGAACCCAGUGUGGAACGAAACGCUGGUGUACCACGGCAUCACAGCAGCUGACAUGACCACCAAAACACUCAGGCUGUGUGUAUGUGACAUGGACAGGCUCGGACGAAAUGAAUUCAUCGGAGAGGUGAGAGUGGCUCUGAAGAAACUGAAAGAGGGCGAGAACAAACGCUACAAUAUGGGACUGGAAAGAAUUGCACAGAAUAAAGAAGCCAACAAUCAAACGGUGGAGCAGGGAGCGCUUGUGGCAGAGGAGGAGCGUGGCCGCAUCCUGGUGUCUCUGUGCUAUAACACAGAGAAGAGCUGCCUGAUGGUUGGUAUCAUACGCUGUGCCCAUCUGGCCGCCAUGGACUCCAACGGCUAUUCUGACCCCUUUGUUAAAAUCAUCUUGCAACCAGAUAUGGGGAAAAAGUCCAAGUACAAGACUUCAGUGAAGAAAAAGACUCUCAACCCUGAAUUCAAUGAGGAGUUUUCAUAUGAUGUAUCCCUGGACCAGCUGGCAAAGAAAACCCUGGAGAUCUCUGUGUGGGACUACGACUUGGGAAUGAGCAACGACUUCAUAGGUGGAGUGGAGCUGGGGAUCAAUGCAAGCGGUCAGAGACUCAGACACUGGUUCGAAUGUCUCAAAAACAAAGGGAAGAAAGUGGAGUACUGGCAUACGCUCACACAACAAGGAGCCCCGAGCAGUGACAAACCGGACUAG